AGCUUGAAUCGCUCCGCCGCUUCCCUGCCGGGAUACGGAGCUCUUCACGGGAUGGAUCUCACCGCAGCUGCACGGGGCGAAGGGGGAACGGCUCAGCGCGGGACCCGGACUCACCUGUAGCGCGCGCGCGGGGAACCCGACACCCGGACCGGCUUCACGAGCCCGCUCCUCGCGCGGCGGCGGCGGGCGGCGACCCCGGAGCGAGCGGUUUCCCCCGUCUUCUCCCGUUAGCUCGUUAGCUUAGCAUCAGGCCCGUGUGAACUUCACCAGGUCCGCCGGAGAGGACCAUGGUCUAGGAGCGCGGAGGUCACCUCCUCCUCCUCCUCCUCCUCUUCAUCAUGAACUACCAGCAGCACCUCGCCAACUCGGCCGCCAUCCGAGCCGAGAUCCAGAGGUUCGAGUCCGUGCACCCCAACAUCUACUCCAUCUACGAGCUGCUGGAGCGGGUGGAGGAGCCGCUGCUGCAGAACCAGAUCCGGGAGCACGUCAUCGCCAUCGAAGAUGCGUUCGUGAACAGUCAGGAGUGGACGCUGAGCCGCACGGUGCCAGAGCUCAAAGUGGGCAUUGUGGGUAAUCUGGCCAGCGGUAAAUCGGCGCUCGUCCACAGAUAUCUGACGGGGACGUACGUCCAGGAGGAGUCGCCUGAAGCUGACGUGGACGCAGGCGGUCGCUUCAAGAAGGAGAUCGUGGUGGACGGUCAGAGUCACCUGCUGCUCAUCAGAGAUGAAGGAGGCCCCCCAGAGGCCCAGUUCUCCUUGUGGGUGGAUGCCGUGAUCUUCGUGUUCAGCCUGGAGGAUGAGAUCAGCUUCCAGACCGUGUAUCAUUACUUCAGCCGCCUGGCGAGCUUCAGGAACUCAGGAGAGCUCCCACUGGUGCUGGUGGGGACCCAAGACGCCAUCAGCUCGGCCAACCCGCGGGUCAUCGACGACGGAAGAGCCCGGAAGCUCUCCAACGACCUGAAGCGCUGCACGUACUACGAGACCUGCGCCACCUACGGGCUGAACGUGGAGCGCGUGUUCCAGGACGUGGCCCAGAAGGUGGUGGCGAGCAGGAAGAAGCAGCAGCUCUCCAUCGGGCCGUGCAAGUCGCUGCCCAACUCCCCGAGCCACUCGGCGGUCGCCGCGCCGCCGCCCGCCGCCGCCGCCGCCGCCGUCAGCCAGACCAGCAACGGCGGCGGCGGCCUGAGCGACUACUCGUCGUCCGUUCCGUCCACGCCGAGCACCAGUCAGAAGGAGCUGCGCAUCGACGUGCCGCCGGGCGCCAACACGCCCACGCCCGUCAGGAAGCAGUCCAAGCGCCGCUCCAACCUCUUCACAUCCAGGAAGGCCAGCGAGCCGGACAAGAAAGGCCUGGAGGCUCGAGCCGACAGCAUCGGCAGCGGGAGAGCCAUCCCCAUCAAACAGGGGAUGCUGCUGAAGCGAAGCGGGAAGACGCUGAACAAGGAGUGGAAGAAGAAGUACGUCACGCUGUGUGACAACGGACUGCUCACCUACCACCCCAGCCUGCAUGACUACAUGCAGAACGUCCACGGCAAGGAGAUCGACCUGCUGCGGACCACGGUCAAGGUGCCGGGCAAGAGGCCGCCACGCGCCGUGUCCGCCGGCGCCGCCGGCCCGAGCCCCAAAACCAACGGCCUGGCCAAGGACCUGAGCGGCCUGCAGCUGGGCCAGCAGGCGGCAGGUCAGGUGACCAGCAGCACGUCGGCGUCCCAGAUGGCGAGCGGCAUCAGCCUGGUGUCGUUCGGCCGCGGCCUGGAGGGGAUGCACCAGCGCUCGUACUCCGUCUCCAGCGCCGACCAGUGGACCGACGCCACCGUCAUCGCCAACUCCGGCGUCGGCACCGAUCCCGGUCUGGGGGACCCGGCCUCCAGCACCACGAGCCCCAAGAUGGAGCCGCCGCCCUCGCCGCACGCCAACCGCAAGAAGCACCGGAGGAAGAAGAGCACGAGCACCUUCAGGGCCGACGGGCCGGCCGGCCCCGAAGAGCAAGAGGAGAACUUUGAGUUCACCAUCGUGUCCCUGACGGGUCAGACGUGGCACUUCGAGGCCACGUCGUACGAGGAGCGCGACGCCUGGGUCCAGGUGGUCGAGAGCCAGAUCCUGGCCAGCCUGCAGUCCUGCGAGAGCAGCAAGCACAAGUCCCGCCUGCCCAGCCAGACCGAGGCCCUGGCCCUGCAGGCCAUCAGGGGGGUCCGGGGCAACGGCCGCUGUGCCGACUGCGGCGCUCAGAACCCCAACUGGGCCAGCCUCAACCUGGGGGCCCUGAUCUGCAUCGAGUGCUCGGGGAUCCACAGGAACCUGGGCACCCACCUGUCCCGGGUCCGGUCCCUGGACCUGGACGAGUGGCCCCUGGAGCUCCUCAAGGUGAUGUCGGCCAUCGGCAACGAGCUCGCCAACAGCGUGUGGGAGGCCAACGCCCAGGGGCGCCUGAAGCCGGCGCCGGACGCCAGCAGGGAGGAGCGCGAGCGUUGGAUCCGGGCCAAGUACGAGCAGCGCGUGUUCGUGGCGCCGCUGCCGGCCGGCGCCGAGCUGUCCCUGGGCCAGCAGCUGCUGCGGGCGGCGGCGGAGGAGGACCUGCGCUCCGUGGUGCUGCUGCUUGCUCACGGGUCGAGGCAGCAGGUCAACGAGACGUGCGGCGACGGAGACGGACGCAACGCGCUGCACCUCGCCGGACGCAAGGGCAACGUGGUCGUCACGCAGCUGCUCAUCUGGUACGGCGUGGACCUGAUGGCGAGGGACGCCCACGGGAACAGCGCCAUGGCGUACGCGCGGCAGGCCGGCAGCCAGGAGUGCGUGGACACGCUGGCUCAGUACGGCUGCCCCGACGAGCGCUCGCCGCUCAUGGCCACGCCCAACCUGCCGCGCCGCAACAACCGCAGCAACAGCGCCGCGCUCAUGUGAGCCGCGCCGGACCUUUAUUUUGGAGGAACCGCUUCCUGCCGUCAGACCGACUGCGAGCCCCGAGGCAUGCUGGGAGACGCGGUCCACGAGCGGACGGCUCACUUUGGGAAAACGAUCACGUGACCUCUGACGACGACCUCAUGUUUAAUUUAACUCCCUACCAAUCAUAUCGUCUCCUCGGAGAACACUGUCCUCGUCGUCUUCAUCUUCAUCGUGCAGGAUGAGUUUCACCUCAUAUUUUUUAUUUCAUGAAUUCUGUGAACUUUGUGUGUUUUAAGAGGAAGAGGAAGCGAGCAGAGUGAGAGGUCGCAUGUCCAAUAGACGCUCUUUGCCUGACCAGCCAUCUGGUUUCUCUCUGGGUUUGAAGUCCGUGUGAGGUUCAGGGACCGCCCUCUUUCCUCAUGUGUUUGUGUUUUUUUAUUCCAUAACAUAUUAAAUCAUCACGUCACCAGAGGAAGAGGAAGAUGAGUGGAUGUAAAUAUUAACUGCGAGUUAAGACGGAAGGUGGCGUUCAGGGCCUUCAGGAAUCUGGACUCUUUUUUCUUUUUUUUUACCUUCUGUUUUUGUAUUUAUUGUAAAGUGAAAGCGACUGAAAGGUUCUGAUGGUUCUAGUGAAGCGGCUUCACGGAGCAACAAGGGAAUCUUCUUCUUCUGCCGCUGUCUGCCGGCUCCCGUCCAAUCACAACGCCUCUCUGUUCGGCUCAGCGAAUCACGAAGGAGCUUCUUCUUCUUCUCUGUGAACCUGUUGUAAAUAUUCUCUCUCGCGUACAUUUAGAGAACAGGAAGUGCUUCAGGGCGGAGGGCUUUUAUUCUGAAGGGUUAGUGUUCCGCCUCGUUUCUGUGGAGCAAAAUUCAUAAAGCACCGGCUCCCUGACCCCAGAACCUUCAGAACCUCCUGGUUCUGGUCCCUAGAAGACUCUGGGCCCUGAUGUUAGUAAGAAGAUGAAGAUGCUGCUCGUCUUCAUCACGCUUCCCCCAAUAAUGACUAAGUUAUGAAUUAUGUUGACUCAAAUAACUGCUUUAUGACUUAUUACCUCAUAAUAAUGAGUUAAUACCUUAGUAAUGUGAUUAAUAACUCAUAUUAAUGUUAACAUUAAUAUGAGUUAUUAAUCACAUUACAACAGAAUGUUUCAUCUUUAUUCUAGAAAACAGAACAAGAAACUGGACUCACCAGAACCUGUACAUAGACCAGCCGACCCCUUAGCCCCGCCCCUUAGCCGACCCCUUAGCCCCGCCCCUCAGGCUGUCCUCACUUUAUUUAUGAACACACCCCUCAAACCUCUUUUGUAUAUUUGUGUCCGGCCUGUGAACCGGUUCAUUCUCUUGAUUUAGGAUCCAGACACGUUGUUGUUGUUGUUAUUAUUAUUGUUGUUCUUAAGGUUAUUUUGUGGCUGUACAGUACUUCUACUUAACAGAGUCGUCUACUGUCACGUGUCUCUUUUCAAUAAAGACAUCUUAAUAUACA